CCACGCCUGCGCUAAGAAAUACAAGAUGGCGGAGAGUGCGGAACUGAAGCAAAUGGUGAUGAGCCUGCGGGUGUCGGAGCUGCAGGUGCUGCUGGGCUACGCUGGGCGCAACAAGCACGGACGCAAGCAUGAGCUGCUGACCAAGGCGUUGCAUCUGCUGAAGGCCGGCUGCAGCCCCGCCGUCCACAUGAAGAUCAAAGAGCUCUACCGACGACGCUUCCCCGCAAAAAUGGUAUCUCACUCAGAGCUGGCCCUGCCCGGACCACACCACCCGGCCACAGCUGGGGUGGUUGGAGGAGGGGGUGCCGCACUGCCUGCUGGCCUGACACAGCUGGCGUAUGAGGGUCACGCCGGUCAUGGUGGAGCCCCUUCGCCUGCUGCCUUACUACCCCUCUCACUGCUCGGUCCCGGGAAACACGAGUUAACCGGGUUGACGCACCACCUGUCCACCUCGACCACACUGCACCCAGUCCACCCAGAUGUUAAGCUCCAGAGGCUGCCCUUCUACGACAUGCUGGACGAGCUAAUCAAGCCAACCAGUCUAGCUUCAGACAACAGCCAGCGGUUUCAGGAGACGUGUUUCGCCUUUGCAUUAACACCACAGCAAGUCCAGCAGAUCAGCAGCUCAAUGGACAUCUCGGGGACCAAAUGCGACUUCUCAGUUCAAGUUCAGUUGCGGUUUUGCCUGUCAGAGACAAGCUGUCCUCAGGAAGACCAUUUCCCACCCAAUCUGUGUGUGAAAGUCAAUGGGAAGCCAUGUAACCUGCCGGGUUAUCUUCCUCCAACCAAAAACGGCGUAGAGCCCAAGCGGCCCAGCCGGCCCAUCAACAUUACCUCACUGGUCAGAUUGUCCACCACAGUCCCCAAUACCAUUGUGGUGUCGUGGACCGCUGAGAUUGGAAGGAGUUACUCCAUGGCAGUGUACCUGGUGAAGCAGCAGUCGUCCACAGUGCUGUUACAGAGACUACGGGCCAAAGGCAUCAGAAACCCAGACCACUCCAGAGCACUCAUCAAAGAGAAGCUAACAGCAGACCCAGACAGUGAAAUAGCCACGACCAGCCUUCGAGUGUCGCUGCUCUGCCCGCUGGGGAAGAUGCGGCUGAUGAUCCCAUGCCGGGCGCUGACAUGCUCCCAUCUGCAGUGCUUUGACGCCACACUUUACAUCCAAAUGAACGAGAAGAAACCCACCUGGGUGUGUCCUGUCUGUGACAAGAAGGCCCCCUACGAACACCUCAUCAUCGACGGGCUUUUUGUGGAGAUCCUGAACAGCUGCAUGGACUGUGAUGAGAUCCAGUUCAAGGAGGAUGGCAGCUGGGCCCCCAUGAGGUCUAAGAAAGAAGUGCAAGAGGUCUCUUCUGCUUCUUAUAACAACGGACUGGACGGUUCAUGUCGGACGUCCGCAGGCUCGGAUCAGCGGAGCUCCUCGUCGUCCAGCCACAGCGGCAGCGAUGGCAGCAACAAAGUGGAGGUGAUCGACUUGACACUGGACAGCUCCUCAGAAGACGAAGAACAGGACUCGCCGCCUCCGCCGCCGCUGCCUCCUCCAGCCAAAAGAGCGUGUCCCUCAAUGUCCCCGACCUCGCCACCCGUCAUCAACAAAGGAGUGCUGAACCUGCACCACCAGGCCUCUCCUGUGAGCCGUACUCCCAGCAUGCCAGCUGUGGACACCAGCUACAUCCCUCCUGUCCCCCCACUUAUCCAGGACUAUAGACCCUACUACCACACCCCCAAUGACCUGUCAGAGUUGAACUUCUUCUCUUUUCUUCAAGGCGACAAUCAUCAGCAUUACAACAUGGUGAUGGCAGCAGCGGCGGCCGCCUCAGCCUCAGACGACCACGAGCUGCUUCUCAACCGCUUCCUGCCCUACAACACCUCCUCCUCUUCGGCGUCCUCCCAGCUGUUCCUCGACCAGUCAGGAGCAUCUUCGGCGACUUCGCUGACCGCGCCGACCAACGGAGCCAGCAACUCGGGCAGCAGCAGCAGCCUGGUGUCAUCCAGCAGCCUCCGUGACACUCACUCCUCGUCCUCGCACUCGGGCUCACACUCCUCACACACACACCCCGGGGUGGUGGCCAGCCGGAGCAGCACUGAAGCGGCGGUGGCAGCUAUUUACGGCGGGAUACCUGACGUUAUAUCGUUGGACUGACUCUCGUUGGGUUCAGCUACGAUCCAGUAAUGAACCCAAUCACAAACUUUUUGACUGCAGGGUAAUGGUUUGAUCCAGAAACUAGACUGGCCCCAAGUCAUCAAACUCAGAACGUUUUAUGGAGUUGUAAUGACUAGAAGAGCACUAACAUUGUGAGCAGGUAACAGGCCCCGGGGUUCCCUUCAAUAGACUGACCCGAGAACAGCACUGAGUCAUCACUUAAAGGGGUCAGCUGUGGAGGUUGUGUUGGUGUACUGACUUCAGAUCAGAAAGCUGUUGAGCGUAAUGGGGCUUUAUCAAUGACUCACACUGGUACCAACCUGGCACAAACAGCAAAGACGCUACCUGAGCAAAAACACAAAGGACGAAGGCUCUUUUUUACGACAAUGAGGAGUGACACCGUGUACAGAGAACAAAAUAUAUUUUCCUCUUUUACUUUUGUAUGUUAAACCGGGACAUUUUCAGUCUAGUGAGCUGCUUCAAUCGCUGUUUUUAAGUGGAGGACUGAGGUUGGGUGUUUUUUUCCACAGAAGCUUAUACAUAUGCCUGUUAUGCCAUGUACAACUUGGUUAUCUUAUUCUUCUCUUUUAGCUAUAUCCUGUUUAAAUUUUCCUUCGCAUCCGUUCUCCAAUAUGAACUUUUAAUUUCUCUCUUUCUUCUUGCUCGAGCUCAUUUUUAAAUACAUGGUGUAUUAUUUCUCUAUCCAAUGUCGAGAACUUUUCAGAUUUACAGUUUAUUCAUGUACUAAUAAUUUUAUUAUGCUUUUAAGUUAUGUAUAAUAUUUAAACAAUACAUAUAUAUAUAAAUAUAUAUAUGCAUUCCCGUACACCUUCAGGUUACUGCUAUGGGGAGUGUGUAGUUGGAAAUUAGCCAUUUCUGGUUUUUAAUUUUCACUCCUUGAUUUCAAACUCCUUUUAAAGACUCUGUUGGUAAACAGCAUUUAGAAAAAUGGGGAGUUUUUUUGGAGGUUCAAGCUAUUUAUACUUGCCAAUUAAGAGUUUAGAGCUGGAAUAAUGUCUUUUUUUUUUUUUUGUUUUUGCACAAUGCCAAAAAUAACAUAUAUGGUACCUAUGAAAAUUAUCACAAUGAUGAUCAGAGUGCAGUUGAAUCUGUGUGCCACAGGGUUUUCAGUGAAGUGUCUAUUUCUUCUUCUUCUUUGGUUUCAGCUGGUAUUUAUUCUUAGAAGUGGCUCUUGUCUUCUCAGUUUCUUUCUUUUCUUUUCUUCUUUUUUUUUUUUUUUUGCUUGACUGUUCAAAAGGAAUCAACAAAUAUCCGUGAAGGUCAAGCUGUUGUGUGGCAGCCUGUCUUAAAGAGACAGGCGUCCGUGAGAUGUGCCACAGCUCUGCUGGGGAUAGUGACCAAGUUUAAACUAGUGCCUGUUUGUGUGCAUGCUUCCCGGCGUGUUUGGGAUAAUAGAGAAGUAUUUUCAGAGUCAAAAGAAUGUCUUAAAUGGUCACCCACAAACGUUGUCCCCUUUUCUUAAACAUCAACUGUUUCUCUGUCUAAGCUUUUUGUGAAGACUUGACCUGUGACUGAUAUCUUUGACUGUCUGGACUUGUCUUGGGAGUUAUCUUUGGGACACGGCUUGUGGAAAAGCGUUGAAUAGUUAGUGUAAGCGGGCUGCUUAGUGCCACAGAGAGAGAGAGAGAGAGAGAGAGAGAGAUCUUAACCUGCCAACUUAGACUGGGCACAAAGCCAGCUGGUUUAAAAAUACAUGACCUGUCUGGAACUUAAAAAACUCUGCAAGCUUGUUGGUGUAUAAUGUUGAAAGCGAGGUGAAGAUUUCGGGACACCUAGAUGUUGUCACCGUUCAACUGAAAACGCAGGGUUUGCUCAUGAAUGUAUUGAACAUUUUCUGACUUUGGAUAGCAGACACACGUUUAGUCUUUGCUUCCGUUUCGGUUAUUAACGUGUCCUACAGAUCGACUGUAGUCAAGUCACAUUUAGCGGUGACACUUCUCCUGCUCAGUCAAGCCCAGCCUUCCUCCGGUCUGUGUGUCCUUGAAACUUUCCCAGAGUUCCCCUCUUAUCAGUCUCUCCUCGAUGUUCCACUUCAGAUGUCCUAGACAGGCAGCUCACUUGAAAGCCUAAUUAGCCCCACCAUGAUGAGAUAAUCACUUCUGACAGCAACCUCCAUCCCCUGACAUCCCCUGUCCUAUCCUUCAAGUAACUGGGAGACUGUAGACAACCCAAAACGACCUCCACCUUUCCCCCCCUCUCUUUGCAUCUUUAACUUUAUUCCCUGUUCUUCUCAUGGGAACCAACCACCGGCUCUCAAAGUGACUCAAUCAUUUGCCGGAACAAGUCUUGUUUAUUUCCUGUGUUGUCCAGUAUUUUAUUUAUUUUGUAUUCUUAUUUCUAUUAUAUAUUAUAUUUUUACAAAUAGUUUGACCUCUGUGGGUGAACGUGUGAGUCACUGUCACUCGGGAGCUGUUAUGAUUUUAUUUAAUAUGCAUUUUUAUUUUCUUUGCCAGCAGCGCGUUUUCUCACAAGGUACUGUCCAGUUAAUUGAUCAUGAAAAUAUGUAAAUAUUUUCUUGGGAGCUGACUUUAUAAUAAGGGUACAAAACACAUGCUUACGUAAUGUAUAACUGAUGAUUUCAUGCAUUAAUUAAUGCAGUUGUGUCGUGCUCACUGUUAAGAAAUUAUUUAGUCACUGUGAUUUAAAGUGAUUUGUAAACUCUUAAUGGAUCAUCAAUUAAUAAUGAACUCACAGUGCCUUACUACAUUUAUUUUUAAUUAUAUUAUAACCUUUAUUUAAUCAGAUAAUCUCAUUCAGAUAAAGAUUUCCUUUGCAAGAGAGACCCGAGCAAAAGAAAUAGAACAGAAAUAAGACACACAAACAAAAAACAAGCGGUUACACACAAGCACAUACAGACGGCAUCAGGAACAGUCAGACAUGUUUUUAUAUGCCACCAUAGAAAAGAGCGUUUCUAACCCCACGUUUAAUCAGCCCCUCUGAAAGAACAACAAUACCUUUUACAUGUUGCAGCAUCAACAGGAACUCAACUCUGACAAAUCUCAAGUAAUGUUGAGUCAAUCAUAUUCCUGACACAACAUUUAUACCCAGUUUUUUUUUCUUACUUUAUUACAACUUAAACUCUUUUCUUAAACAUGUUGUCCCUUCUCCCCUGAUCUUCCAACUGGCACCUACUAGAUGUUUUUGGUUUUUAGUUCUCUUCUGUGCUACACUUCACUUCUUUCAACAAGAACAAAUAAUUAAAAUGAUAAAAAUGGGGCAACCCGAUAGCUAAAUGGUUACUACGUAUACAACAUAACUGCAAUGUCCCUGGUUCAAUUCCAGUCAGGGACCCUCGUUGUUAUGUCAUAUCCAUCUCGCUCCCACUUCAAACCAGUGAGAAAAUAAAGAUAAGAAACAACACAGAAAUCUUACAUGUGAAAUUACAAAAACUGUUCUAACUUUGGCAGAAAAUAGUGUGUUCAUAUAGAAACAAAUCACUCAUAGUAAGAAGCUGAGAAAAGCCUUUAAAAACUCACGAGACUUAAACUAUGACUGUUGGUUGAUGCAGCAUUUUAUUAACUUCCAUUUAACCAGGAAAACGUCAUUGAUUGGCCAAGGUAGGCAGCAACAACGAGUACAGACAAACAACAUAAAACAAAUAACACAAAAUAUGUCUCAAAGUACAUCACAAUAUCAGAGUGAAACACUGCAGUAUUUCUGAGAACCGGUGCUGUUCUGUUUUCAGAGAAGUGAAUGUAUGAAGAACACAUGAGUUAAUUCUUCUUUAAUUGAUCCAUUAAGCUUAAAGUAAUUACUUAAACUCAUGGUGACUUUAAUAAGGAAUAGGGAAACUAACAAUAUUUUCAUUAUUGAAUAAUUAGUCAAUUAUUUUCUCAGUUAAUCAACUAGUUCGGUCUAUAAAAU